AGUGACAACCUGGAGAGAAGUUCACCUCUGAAAAAAAACUCAAGGGAGAUGACGAAUCAGUCAGAGGCAGACAAUUUUCCCGACUCCAAGGACGCAUCAGGGGACGUCCAGAGGGGCAAACUCUCUCCUGGUCUUCACGGAGUCUCUGACAUCCGUCAUAAUUUCGAUGGAUCUGCAGGAGAAAGGUGCAUCUUUUCUCCAUCCACACAGCCACAGUCAGUCUCUGCAGCUACUAGUGCCAUGUUCCCUUACCCGAGCCAGCAUGGACCAGCGCAUCCGGCUUUUUCUAUUGGAAGUCCCAGCCGCUACAUGGCCCAUCACCCGGUAAUAACUAAUGGAGCUUACAACAGCCUUCUGACCAACACUUCUCCUCAAGGCUACCCGACAGCAGGCUACCCUUACGCGCAACAGUAUGGACACACUUACCAAGGAGGGGCUUUUUACCAGUUCUCCACGGCGCAAGCGGGACUGGUUCCGGGGAAAGCGCAGGUGUAUCUGUGCAACAGGGCCCUGUGGCUCAAGUUUCACAGACACCAAACAGAGAUGAUUAUCACAAAGCAAGGACGACGAAUGUUCCCAUUUUUAAGCUUCAACAUUUCUGGCCUUGACCCAACUGCUCACUACAAUAUAUUUGUGGAUGUAAUACUCGCUGAUCCAAAUCACUGGCGAUUUCAAGGAGGCAAGUGGGUGCCAUGUGGGAAAGCGGACACAAAUGUAAUAGGAAAUAGGGUUUAUAUGCACCCAGACUCACCAAAUACCGGAGCGCACUGGAUGCGUCAAGAAAUAUCAUUUGGAAAACUAAAGCUCACAAACAACAAAGGUGCCUCCAACAACACGGGACAGAUGGUGGUCCUCCAGUCCCUCCACAAGUACCAGCCCAGGCUCCAUGUGGUGGAAGUAAACGAGGAUGGGACAGAGGACACCAGCCAACCUGGAAGAGUCCAGACUUUCACCUUCACAGAAACGCAAUUCAUCGCCGUCACAGCUUACCAGAAUACCGACAUUACGCAACUGAAAAUUGACCACAAUCCGUUUGCAAAAGGUUUUCGGGACAACUAUGACACUGUCUACACAGGCUGCGACAUCGACCGCCUUACUCCAUCACCGGGUGACUCUCCGCGUUCACAGAUCGUGCCGGGUGCGAGAUAUGCCAUGCCUAGCUCUUUCCUGCAGGACCAAUUUGUCAGCACUUAUGCCAAAUCUCGCUUUCACCCUGGCGUGGGGACUGGUCCUGGCACGGAGCGCAGCGUCCCACUCGGCAACAGCUUGCUGUCCCCGCAGCAAACCGACGAGCCCACUGUUGCCACCCCCCCGCAGCGAUGGUUUGUCACCCCUGCCAACAACCGACUGGACUUUGCUGCCUCGGCAUACGACGCCGCUGAUUUCGCCGGUAACGCGGCCACCUUGCUGUCCUACGCAGCGGCCGGAGUGAAGGCUCUUCCCCUGCCGACUGCAGGCUGCUCCAACCGGCCUCUUGGCUAUUACGCAGACCCGUCAGGCUGGGGAGGACGCACGCCGCCGCAGUACUGUGGCGUAAACAGCAAAUCCAGCUCGGUCUUUUCCUGCUGGCCCGCUAACUCGAUCGGGGGCAGAGCGGGAACCAACUACCUGACCGAGGAGGGGGACUCCAUUCCCACAGAGAGGUCACCGAUCGGAGGCUCGGAGGAAGCCAAACCCAAAGACAUGACAUCGGAGUCGAGCUGGAUAGAGACGCCGUCCUCCAUUAAGUCAAUCGAUUCGAGCGAUUCUGGGAUCUUUGAACAGGCCAAAAGGAGGAGAAUCUCACCUUCUGCCACACCGGUUUCAGAGACAGUGUCCCCGUUAAAGUCUGAGCUGCUGGCGCCGAGAGAGUGUGAGAAAAACUGCACAAAGGACAUUGCUGGUCUGGUCCUUGCCGUUUGCCUUUCCUCCUCUUUGUUCGCUUUCGUCUUCACCCGAGUUCUUCCGCGUUAUCCGUUCCUGCUACACCUGCCUGGGAUUACACACAGCGGAGGUCUCAGCUCCAUCUGGGUGAUAAGUUACAUAGCCGGGGACACAAAGGAAGAGCUCAUGCAUGCUGAAAACGAGAAGGCUCCUUGGCUCUUCAAACAGAGGAAUGAUGACGAGGCUGUGGUGGACCGAGGAGGAACAUGGUCCCAACAGGGAAUCAACUUUGGGCAGGACGAUCUUGAAGGCCACAGGACUCUUUACAUCGGGGUCCACGUCCCCUUGGGCAGUACCAGGCACCGCAGCCAUCGCAGACACCAUCACCAUGGAAACAAACACAGGAACAGGAGGAGCAGGGACCGGGCCCCCACCUUGGUGGAGGGAAGAGAGUCUCCUGUUUAUGACACUCCCUCCCAGAGAGUGCAGUUCCUGCUGGGCACCGAGGACGAUGAUGAGGAGCAUAUUCCCCAUGACCUCUUCACAGAGAUGGAUGAAAUCUGCGUGAGGAACGGAGAGGAUUCAGAGUGGAGGGAAAGUGCCAGGUGGCUGAAGUUUGAGGAGGAUGUGGAGGACGGAGGAGAGCGAUGGAGUAAGCCCUACGUAGCUACUCUUUCUCUACACAGCCUGUUUGAACUGCGGAGCUGCAUUAUCAACAGCACCGUGCUGCUCGACAUGAGGGCUAAUAGCAUUGAAGAGAUUGCAGACAUGGUGUUGGACCACCAGGAGUUAUACUCACCGCUGGGAGAUGAGCUCAGACAGAAAGUGCGCGAAACACUGCUUAAGCAGCACCAUCAUCAGAACCAGAAGAAGCUGGCUAAUCGUUUGCCAAUUGUACGCUCCCUCGCUGACAUGGGUCGACGAACAUCAGAGCUCCACUUGGAUAAGAAUGGUCAGAUGAUGGCCUCACAGUCUCAGUUAGCGGGUCCAGACGGAAAAGGGGACGUCAGCAGAGACAACAGUGCUGUGGAUUUCAGCAAGAUAGACCUUCAUUUCAUGAAGAAGAUCCCAGCAGGGGCCGAGGCCUGUAAUGUGUUAGUGGGAGAGCUUGAAUUUCUGAACAAGCCGGUGGUGGCAUUGGUCCGUCUUUCACCAGCGGUCAUGCUCAAUGGACUGGCUGAAGUCCCCAUCGCCACAAGGUUCCUGUUUAUUCUUUUGGGUCCCUUAGGCAGAGGGCCUCAGUAUCAUGAGAUUGGCAGGUCCAUUGCAACACUAAUGACAGACGAGGUUUUCCAUGAUGUUGCCUAUAAAGCUAAAGACCGCAAUGAUCUGAUCGCUGGGAUUGAUGAAUUCCUUGAUCAGGUGACAGUCCUGCCUCCAGGAGAGUGGGACCCAUCAAUACGGAUAGAACCACCAAAAAAUGUACCCUCUCAGGAGAAGAGGAAGAAAAGUAACAUUUUACCUAAUGGAUUAGUAGAAGGUGAAGAAGAAGAGGAGGAAGGUGGCCACGGAGGUCCAGAACUGCAGCGUACUGGAAGGUGGUUUGGUGGUCUCAUUCUAGACAUCAAGCGCAAGGCACCACACUACCUGUCAGACUACACCGAUGCUUUCAGUUUACAGUGUGUGGCCUCCUUCCUGUUCCUCUACUGUGCCUGCAUGUCCCCUGUCAUCACCUUUGGAGGACUACUGGGCGAGGCAACAGAAGGACGCAUAAGUGCAAUUGAGUCGCUGUUCGGAGCCUCACUGACGGGAAUAGCCUAUUCGCUGUUUGCAGGGCAGCCACUUACCAUUCUGGGCAGCACGGGGCCGGUGCUUGUAUUUGAAAAGAUAUUAUUCAAAUUCUGCAAGGAGUAUGGGUUGUCCUAUCUGUCUCUGAGAACCUGUAUUGGUCUGUGGACAGCUGCCCUCUGCAUCAUGCUGGUGGCUACAGACGCCAGUUCCCUCGUUUGUUACAUCACACGUUUUACGGAGGAAGCCUUCGCCUCACUCAUCUGCAUCAUCUUCAUCUACGAGGCCUUGGAGAAACUUAUCCACCUGGGGGACUACUAUCCCUUUAACAAGAACAACAACCUGGACAAACUCACCAUGUACUCAUGUUCAUGCGUUGAACCUUCUGACCCCACCAAUGGCACCGUGAAGUAUUGGGAGCUCACCAAUGUCACUGCCUCAGAAAUCUACUGGGAAGCGCUGGAGGUCAAGGACUGUAUUGAAAAGCGCGGGGAGUUUGUGGGCAGCGCCUGCGGCCCCAAGGGCCCCUACGUCCCUGAUGUCCUCUUCUGGUGUGUCAUUCUUUUCUUUUCCACAGUCUUCAUGUCUGCCUUCCUCAAGGAGUUCAAGUUCAGCAAUUAUUUUCCCACAAAGGUGAGGUCAGGAAUCAGUGACUUUGCCGUUUUCUUCACCAUCCUUACCAUGGUCCUAAUCGACUAUGCCUUAGGAAUCCCUUCUCCAAAACUAAAGGUUCCCAGUGUGUUUAAGCCAACCAGAGAUGAUCGAGGUUGGUUCAUCAACCCACUGGGGCCCAACCCGUGGUGGACUGCAGUCAUCUCAGUGGUCCCAGCUCUGCUGUGCACCAUCCUCAUCUUCAUGGACCAGCAGAUCACAGCUGUCAUCAUCAACAGGAAGGAAAAUAAACUCAAGAAAGGCUGUGGGUACCACCUGGAUCUGUUCAUGGUGGGGAUGAUGCUCGGUGUGUGCUCAUUGAUGGGCUUGCCCUGGUUUGUAGCAGCCACCGUCCUCUCCAUCACCCACGUCAAUAGCUUGAAGCUUGAGUCAGAGUGCUCAGCUCCUGGGGAGCAGCCCAAGUUUCUAGGCAUCAGAGAGCAACGCUUCACAGGCCUCAUGAUCUUUACCCUCAUGGGCUGCUCUGUCUUCAUGACAUCUGUGCUGAAGUUCAUCCCGAUGCCGGUGCUGUAUGGCGUGUUCCUUUACAUGGGAGCAUCGUCUCUCAGAGGAAUUCAGUUCUUUGACCGACUGACACUGUUUGGCAUGCCAGCCAAACACCAGCCAGACUUCAUCUAUCUGCGGCAUGUUCCCCUGAGGAAGGUGCACCUCUUCACCAUCAUCCAGCUCAGCUGCUUGGUUUUGUUGUGGGUCAUCAAGACCUCCAAGGCUGCCAUUGUCUUUCCCAUGAUGGUGUUGGCUCUGGUGUUUAUCAGAAAGCUGAUGGACUGUUUCUUCACAAAGCGAGAGCUGAGCUGGCUGGAUGACCUCAUGCCAGAGAGCAAGAAGAAGAAGCUUGAGGAUGCUGAAGAGGAGGAGGAGCAGAGUAUACUGGCAGAAGAUGAAGGAGUAGUGCAAGUGCCGUUAGAAGGGUACAAAGGAGUACCCAUCAUCAAUAUCACAGAUGAAAUGUCAAAAGGUUCUUUUGGAAACACCUGGAAUGCCAACAACUAAGACAUCUGAGAAAAGACCUCAAACAUUAUGUUCAUUACAAGGCUCACAGUAUUUCACGACACGGGUGUCCAUGAUGAGGAAUGGAAGAUAAAGAUGAUGGAGGACAGUGUUGUAAGUCUUUACACUGUCCUGUCUGUGUGCUUGUUAACAAAUCUUUAUUGUAUGCUGCGGUAAAUCAAUCCCUCAUGUUUAGUCUUGUAAAUAUGUGUACUGUAAGUGAGUAACUGUUCUCUAAUGUGUGACAAAAACCGGUGAUACCUAAUAUUUUCUCGUGCUGUUAAUGUCAAAUCGAACUUUCUAACUCUAGAUAGGCUACUGUAUUACUACACUGAUUGU